UUGUGCCCGACGCCUGACGACGUAGAAGCUGCGCUCGUUGUGGAAGUCGCGAGUGCUUUGAAAAACUGUUUGAAAAGAACAAUUGCAAUACGCCGUUUUUAGCGCUGCUGUUCUUGACGCUUGACGUGAUAUUGUCUACUUGUGACUGGAGAGAGUGUCACUUUUGUCCACGUUAAUAAGUUUUCUCGCUCCGGCCGCCAAAACCCUAACUUGCUUGCUCGUUUGUGACACGCGCCCAGCUUCCAACAUGGUGACACUAUCCCCUUACACCAACACAACGGAAAGAACAGGAACAACUGCAACCCACUUAAAACCAGACACCACAGUUAUUGCAGUGGUAGUGACACUCAUUGUGGUGACAGUGGUCCUGCUGGGCAUCCUGCUGUAUCAUUACAUGUGCCACAACAAGGGGGACUACAGGACCACGGGGGAGCUGGCCCCUGGCGAUGAUCCAGACGAGGAUCGCGGUAACCAGGCUGCCGGCGAAAAGAAGGAAUACUUCAUUUGAGAUUUCACUUGAAUGCUACUCAAAGGAAGACCGUGGGGUCGGGGGAAAUGGACGGCCGCACCCCAGACAAAUACCUAAACCUCUGAAGAAAAUCGACGUGGGUGCGUGAAACCAAAGAUUAUUCCCUUUUGAGUGUUGUAUUUUGGGAUGUGUUGCAUGUGGCAGACAUGCACAAAACAGGUAGAAAAAUUUUAAAACCUCUUUUAAGUGUCAAAUUAAUUCCUGUGCUACAAUAUUUAUCAAACGCAUCUGUGUAGUGCCCCCACCUGUUUUAGCUGUUACAUUUGGGGGAGGAGAAUUUUUUAUGAUUCCUGACAUUCUUUAACUUAACCACCAUGUUUGACAUAAAUAUGGAACGCAAUAAAAAUAUUUUUGGGAAAAUUGUAUUGUUCAUUUU